CACCCAUCGCACAGAAGCCGCUCCUCAAACGCCCAUGGGCCCCCGCCAACAUACAAUGACACUUGUUUGCACUGCGCAACAGGCGGAGAGGCAAAAAGUCGAGCUCCUAGACACAGCACUGCGCAUGCGCUGCCUGACGGGUGGGCUUCCACUACCCCCUGAAUGAAGGAGAGUUGUCAGUGGGUCGUUCUCAGUCUAUCAAUGCCAAAUGUGCGCUGCCGGUCUGCUUGAGAUGUUGACAGCUGACUUCGCGCACUCUUCUGGAAAUGAGUUGUUGCAGUCGAGUGCUCACUUGAAUAUUAAUGAGCCGAACCUCCCAAAAACUUCUACAGAAAGUCGCAUGAUAUGGAUUAAUGUGGAAAAACUUCCUUGACUGGUUUGUAAAAACGAGAGGAAACGAACGUGUGGAUUACAAGUGAAGUCAGUGUUUGUUGUUCACUAUAUAUCUCAAGGGAAGACAUUUGAGCAGAGGCGACAUGAGGAUGCAAAGUUUCUCCCAGGAAUAUGGAAUAUUCUGAAUUCAUGCUUCAUGUGCUCGAAAACUCAUCCCGCAUGGCUUUUAUGCGUUUUCACAUUUGUCAAUCCGAAACAAAGCUACUGGAAGUCUUGUGACGGCUGGGAUAAACAGUGGAUACUUGUCUGGAGCCAUUCUACUGGAUCUAUUGAAUUAUCCUCGGAAUUUCUCUGCCCAAUGACAUUGCCAAAGUUGUUAGUUGGGUUCCUUUUUAUAGCGUCUCCUCAUUCUAUUAGAUUUAUUUACCGAGCCAUUAACUUAUCUGGUCUAGACCAAAACCUGAGGUAUUUUAGUGGUUUGUGACACGAUGCGGGGAUGCACGGGAUUCCCGAUGGCCGUCACGGUGGUGUUGACACUUUUGACCGUCAUGAACGUGAAGGCGAGCGGAGAGUAUUGUCACGGGUGGCAUGAUGCCCAGGGCGUGUGGAAAGACGGCUUUCAGUGCCCGGAGCGCUUCGACACCCCCGAUGCCAUCAUCUGCUGUGGGAAAUGCGAGCUCAGAUACUGCUGCUCCAGCACAGAAGCUCGGCUGGACCAGGGCACAUGUGAUAACGACAAGCAGACACAAGAAACCAACACUGGCAGCAAGGACGACAAAAACUCUGGAGCAGUACCCAUCUACGUGCCCUUUCUGAUCGUCGGCUCAGUUUUUGUGGCAUUCGUUCUGGUGGGCUCUGUUGUUGCUGUAUGCUGUUGCCGCUGUCUGCGUCCCAAACAGGAGCCUACAUCAGGCGGCGGUUCAGGAGGAGCGUCCAGCAGCGCCCGCGUCCUGGAGACGAUUCCCAUGAUGGCCAGCACUGGCACCUCUCGAGGCUCGUCGUCCCGCCAGUCCAGCACAGCCACUUCCUCCAGCUCUUCAGCUCCUCCUGCCGCUCCCCGUCCCGCUCCAGCUCCUCUGCUGCGAGCCCAGGCAUCCUGUUGCCUUCCGCCAGAUGCCAGUGUGUAUGUAAACAUGCCCACCAACUUCUCAGUACUAAAUUGUCAGCAGGCCACUCAAAUUCUUCCUCAUCAAGGCCAGUUCCUGCAUCCUCAAUACAUCGGUUUCGCCCACCCGGUAGCUCCGGCUGCGGCCUUUUUAGACCCCACUCAAGCAGGCUACCGGCCGUUACAGUCUCCGUUCCCUCCACCAACCAGUGUGGCUAGUGUGGCAAGUAUAACCGGGGAUCACAAACACCCUCCGGUUACCAUGUGAAACCCAAUGGGACCUUUGUAGGAGACAUGUCUGAAUUUAAAUUGCAAGAGGAACACACGAAAGAUCAGUUCAGGGCCCAAGAUGAGUAAUUGUUGGCUUGUGCCACACAAAUGAGACUCAUACUGGUGCUUAAUCUAACAUGUAGUUUUUUGUGUGAUGUAAAGAACACAGUACUUAAAGUUGACCCGCAAUGGAAGAUCUUGGAAAUCGCCUUUGUUUUCGUAAUGUGGCAAACUUCCAAGUGAAAUGGCUUCUCAAACAAGAGGAAAUGUUGGACGGGGCUUGGUUUAGUUCUCUGGGAAUUGAGUGGAUGAUGGUGGCUUGCUAUUGGAUGAUCUUAUGUGAUUGACAGGUUGCCCCACCCCUUGCACAGAUGAGCACAUCAUCAAACAAGAUGACGUUGAAAGACGCAGAGAAGUUAUUUCUAUUAAAAAAAUAUGAAGACAUGAGAAUUUGAAAAAGGUGCAAAGGUUAAUCAUCUACAGUAUAAUAAACAUGCAAAUUUCAAUAACUAUAAGUGUAACGGAGGCCAGCGUGCUAUGCAGGUAAACCUCACUCCUCUGACCUCAAAGGGUGCUCUAGUGACAGACGCUAGGAGCCAUGGUCUUUAGCCUCCUUGUUAGAGCAACCGACUCCCAUAAAAGAAUCACUGGUUUGAUCCCAGCUCAGAACGUUAUGGGUGCAGUAGGACCGAUAGGUUACAUUUGGGGGGUCAUCCGGGAUGGGAGUGAGGUUUAGGUGGGUGAUUGUGACAGAGGCCAGCUAGCAAAGUGCAAUGCAGGUAAACCUCACUCCUCUGACCUCAAAAAGUGCUUUAGCAACAGUCACUAGCAGCUAUGGUCUUUAGCCUCCUUGUUAGAGCAACCAACUCCUAUACAAAGAGUCACUAGCUCGAUCCCAGCUCAGAACGGGAUGGGUGCAGUACGACUGGUGGGUUACAUAAGAAUGCUCAACUCAAAAAAAUGCGUAUUUAAUGCCUUAAAAAGUGCUAAAAGAAGCGUGUACUUGUACAUAUGCAAUGUAUAUACAGUAUGUGUUGUAUAACCGUGCAUGUGUGCUGUAUGCGUGACUGUAUAGAUGUGUUGCUUUAUGAGAUGCUGUACGUGAAUGUGUGUGUGUGGGUAGUGCACUAUAUGUUGUAUGUAAUGGGAAUCGCAGGUGCUGUAAUGUGAAAAACAGUCCUGGCUCCCUGUUGGAUGCUUAAACUCUAAUGAAGUGAACACAGGACACAGACUGUGACGCUCCACCUACUGCAACACACUCACAUUUUCACAUACACACACAUUUACAUUCUACACAACUGAAAGCUGAUUUCACAUUGCCAAGGAUUGUAAAAGAAAAUAUACAAAAAUAUAGGCCCUGUGUUUGGGAAAGCGAUGUGUAAAGGUGUGUGUCACUGAGAUCAGCGGUCUUCUGAAAGCACCAGAGUCAAUUACGCAGUAAAAACCGUCUGCCAAACUGUUCCCCUUCACUAAGUCUCUGCCUUGUGAAAGGACUGUGUUUGUGUGCCACUUUUCCUCCCCUUCUGUUAGCAUAAGGUACACUCGAGGAGUAGCAAAAGGGUUCCAGGGCAUUUCAUUUGGAGUGGGUUUCUUUCAGCACGCUCAAUGGUGACAGUUUAGCGAGGAAAGAAAAGUCCCAGACUCCUUCAGCAAAAGGCCGGCGCCCCUCUGAACUUUUUAAACUUAGAAGCAGGCAGAACAAUCACAAUCAAAUUAGAUGUCGGCAGAUUUAAAAUAAACAGCCUGUAUGAGUUUUGGAAGUUAAAAGGUUGUUUUUGCUGUGAUUUUCUUUUCAUCUGUGGGACACAAAAGAUGUUGUUUUAAAAGUGUCUGGUUUUUUUCUAUACAUUGAAAGUCGGUCUUGUUACUGUUAAUUUCACUGUAAAAAAAAUGCAGGGUUUCACAAAAUGUAUUUAUAUUGUCCCAACACAAAUCAAUUAAGUUAACCUAACAAGUUUAAGUGGAUUAAAUAUACAACAACUAAGUUGACUUAAAAAGAUCUCAAGAAUUGUGUUGUUGCGGAUCCUUUAUACAAGUAGUUUGAACAAGCAUCAAAAUCAUUUUUUGAGUGUAAAACUAUUAAAAGUGUUUGUUAACUAAAAUGAAACAGAAAUUAAAUAUAAAGUUGUGGUCAAAAUCAAAAAUAGAACAGAAAAAUGACAGCUAAAUGAAAAAUGUUUAAAAAAACCUAAAUUAAAAUAGCACAACAAAUAAAUGAACACUAAAUAGAAAUGUACAAAAAAAUUGGAAAUGUAAAAAAAUGUAUAAAAACAAAUUUACAAAAAAAAAAAAUGAUAGAAUUUUUUUUACCUAAGAAAUGAAAGGUAGAGACAGUAAAUUAAUCACAAAUUAUAAGCACAUUCAAGGCAAGUUAAAAAUUAAAAUGUAAUAUAUAAACACUUAAAAAAUAUUCUAAAUUAUUUAUAAAUAUUGAUUCAAAUUAUUAUUAAAUAUUAUAACAGUACAUAAUUACAGUAUGCAUAAUACUAAAAUACCUCAAAUAAAAAAACUAAUAUAUAUAUUAUAUAUAUUAAAUAUAAGUGGAAUAUACAUAUUUUUUAAAAAAUAUGUCUGGUUUAUAUUAAUUUACAUUUUAGUUUUUAUGACACUAUAAAAAUGACUGUUUCUAGCUGAUAUAUAAAUGUUUUUAUCAUGAUCCGUCAAAUGUUUAUUUUAACUUAACUUACAAAAUUACAACUAGAUAGUUUUAGGUUUAGUAACUUAUAGUACGCCUUUAAAAGUCAGAGAUUGCACAGUAGGGCUGGGCGAUUUAUCGAAGAGUAAUUGAAAUCAACAUUCAGAACCUAUAAUUGAUCUAAUUUUUCCAGCUCGAUUUUUUCGUUUACUUUUCCUACCACGUAGGGAGUCACGCGAUUGUUAAUUUUAGGCAAUGUGUGCUUUAAUUUCAAUUCAACAUUGAUGUUCAGUAAAUAAUCAUAGAACUUUCAUUCAAAACUAUCUCACUUGUAAUAUGUGAGCAGUUUUACUGUACAAAACUUGUCAGUGAACUAUGAGGGCAAAAAAAAAAAAAAUAAAAUAAUCAUUCAUUAAUCAAAAUCGAGUUAAAAUGUUCAAUUAGUCGUGAUUUUGAUUUUAGGCCAAAUCGCCCAGCCCUAUUUUAUGGGAAAAAAAAUCUUUGGAAUAUUAGUUUGUGUUCCACAGACAAAGGAAAGUCACACAAGUUUGGAAGGACAUGUCAUAAUAAGCCAGGUUUCUUCAUUAAAAGUAGCAAAAUAUGUCUCAACUGCAUAUGGGUGCACACAUCAGACCUGUUUUUCUGUGUUUGUGAAACUGAAUGAGUAUUUGCUAUCGAAUGUGCCUUUCUCUCUGAGAGCAGGGUCUUUUACAUGAAAUAUAUGAAUAAUAAUAAAUAUUUUGGGAGACUG